CUAGAAUUUUUUCCCGAGGAGUCCUUUUUUUCUGCGCACAACCUCAGAUAUUAGCAACGGUUAAAUUGUUAACCUGCCGCGUCUCCGACGUCCGUUCUUGCUCCACCACUCCGACGCUCUGUCAGCUACCUCUUAGCCACUGCCAGCCUGUCGAGGGGACUGCCACCAUUCUCACGCUUUGAGUUAUUGCCAGCGGCCAACCAUUUCGGUGCUUUAUCACCCACAAAUCUCGAAAGGAGGCGUUUCACUUUUCAGAAUUAUCUUUUGAAAGUGCAAUUUGCCAAAGGUGUCUCCUUGGUGUUUCUGAUAUCCGACUAGGACAAAACUGUGGGUUGGUCUGUACUGAACCAUAAACCUCAACCCCAUUCUUCAUGCAUUUGUAAUCUUAGGAAUGGAGGUGGCUUUGGGUGCGCAAGAUGCAAUGGAAUGGUCUUACAGGGGAGAAGGAGCAGCCAAUUUAGUUCUUUUCUAUUGCGGAAGAUCUCCUCAAUUUGUUGGCAAAGUUUUGAGGAUUCAAAAGGAUCGAGCAAAUGGGUCUGAAAAUAGAACCGGUCAUUCGAGCUUAACCAUUCCUGAAAGACAUCUUUGGAAAGAUGUCAAAGAGCUUGUAUCUGCCCCCACUAGGGAAAUUGCAGGACACUUCUUUGCCCAGCAUGUAAUGGAACCAUUAUUGGGUCCUAAACAUAUUGAUGCUGGGGUUUGUAUCCUUGUAUCCAAAGAAUUUUUGGAGGCAGUUGAAAAGAAUGCUCUUCAGGUACGCCCCCCUUGGCGGGUAGAUGCUGCUAAAGUUAAUCUCCUGAGUGAUUCUGCUAUACUUAUGUCUGAUCAUUCAACAUUCCCCCAUGUUACACCUGAAGAGGAACUGUGCAUAUGUGUUGAAAUAAAGCCCAAAUGUGGAUUCCUUCCACAGUCAGAAUUUAUUAAAGAAAGUAAUGCUGUAAAAAGGAGAAUUAGUCGUUUCAAAAUGCACCAGGCUCUUAAGGUUGAUCAAGGGAAGUUAUCAUAUAUAAGUGGAUAUGAUCCACUGGAUAUGUUUUCUGAGUCGAAAGACAGAUUGGACAAAGCAAUGAUGGAUCUUUUUAUGACCCCACAAAAUAACUUCCGAGUAUUUUUGAAUGGUUCUCUCAAAUUUGGGGGCCUGGGUGGUGUUGCAGAAGCUACAAAUGCUAAAGAUAGUCAAGAAUUCGAAGAUGUAUUAAAGAAUGUAAUUUUGGCAGAAGAAGGAAUGCGUACUAAAUAUUUUCUUGGACUCAUUUCUGAGGCUCUCUUAAGUUCAGGGGUACUAAAUCGACUUCUUGAAGUCCAGAAGCUCGAUAUUUUAGACGUUGAGGAAAGUGGGAAGAUUUUGAGGGACUAUUUAAUAGCUACUACUGCAAAGGAUUUGGGUAUUAUGAUAAGCUUCAAACCUCAAAAAGAUGGGAAUAGCGAGUCUGCUUAUAGUCUUGUCUCCUUAAAGUCAACAAACCAACAUUUUAAUUACAAGGUAUCUUUCAUUGAUUUGGACCUGAAAUAUUUGAAUAAGAUGGAAUUCUACUAUGAGCUAGACCAGAAGAUUGUCAAAAGUUACAUAAAGAUGAUAAAUGCACAGCACGCGAGAAAGAUGGUUGUCUUUCCAGAACCCUCCGCGGCGAGCCUUUCCCUCUCCUCCGGCUCCGUUCUGGCCGCCGCCACAUCUCUGGCCGCCUCCGCCAUCUUCCUCCGGACCAUAGCCACCGACCUCGUCCCCGUCGCUCUGCGCUCCCACAUCUCCGCCCGCCUCCACACCCUCUUCACCCGCUUCUCCUCGCAGCUCACCAUCGUCAUCGAAGAAUCCGACGGCCUGACCUCGAACCAGAUGUUCGAGGCCGCCGCCCUUUUCUUGGGGACCAAGAUUUCCCCUGCCACGCGGAGGAUCAAAGUGGUCAAACCAGAGAAGGACGAGGAACUGAUCUUGACCGUCGAUCGGAGCCAAGAGAUCGUCGAUUUCCACGGCGGCGUGAGGGUGGAGUGGGUCCUCAAAUCGACGGAGCUCAAUACACCCUCCGGCAAAGGGAACGCCGCCGCCGCCAGAACAGAGCACAGGUAUUUCGAGCUGAGAUUCAACAAGAAGCACAGAGAGACCGUCCUGAAGGUCUACUUGCCGCACGUUCUGAAGACAUGGAAGGAGAUGAAGGAGCAGAGGCGCUCGGUGAGGCUGCACACGGUGGAUUACAACGGAACGGACUACUGGAGCUCGGUCGUGCUGAACCAUCCGGCGAGCUUCAAAACCAUGGCUAUGCCGGAGGGGGCGAAGAAGGAGAUAAUCGAGGAUUUGGACAGGUUCAUAAGCAGGAGGGAUUAUUACAGGAGAGUGGGGAAGGCAUGGAAGAGAGGGUACUUGCUGUAUGGCCCUCCCGGUACAGGGAAAUCCAGCUUGGUGGCAGCCAUUGCCAAUCACCUCAAGUUCGAUGUCUAUGAUCUCGACCUCCGGGAGGUGCAGUGCAAUUCGGAUCUGAGAAGGUUGUUGAUCGGUUCCGCCAACCGCUCCAUCCUCGUGAUCGAAGACAUUGACUGCAAUGUCGGAUUGCAGAGUCGCGAAUCGAAUAAUCAAUCCCCCGAGGAAGACAAGAUAACGCUCUCCGGGUUGCUAAACUUCAUGGAUGGAUUGUGGUCGAGCUGCGGGGACGAGAGGAUCAUAGUGUUCACCACGAAUCACAAGGACCGUCUUGACCCUGCAUUGCUCCGCCCUGGACGCAUGGACGUCCACAUUCACAUGUCCUACUGCACUUUCUCCGGCUUCCUCACCCUCGCCGCUAACUACCUUAAGAUAGACCACCGCCACCACGGCCACCAUGUUCUGUACCCGGAGAUUGAGCAGCUGCUUUUGAAAGUCAAUGCGACGCCGGCUGAAGUUGCCGGGGAGCUUAUGAAGAGUGAUGAUGCAGACACUGCUCUAGCCAACCUCAUCACCUUCCUUCAAAACAAGGAACACUCCUAAUGAGUGUAUGCCAUUCCCCUUUGAAGCUGUACAUUAUUUUAGAGGUGAGAGGGUAGUAGUUUUUUUCACCAUUUAAUUUCAUUUUAGUAAUAGAAUUCAUUUAUUUAUAUUUUUUUCUUCUGGACAUGCAUAGAGUGAAGACAAAUUCAUUUUAAGAUAAGUUUUUGAAGCCAUUCUAUUCUGUUUCAUCCAACUUUUGUAUGGUUGAGUGUCUCAUUUGGUCCUCCAAAUUUGGGGAAGGACCAGACCCGGACCAGUGGUCUUUUGUGAAAACACUAUAUUGGGAUCAUACUAGCACCAGUCCGAAAAUGUAACAUUAAAAUAUAAAUUUACAUAAAUACUUCUAUUUUUU